AUGUAUAGCGAUACCGAAGAGUUGAUAAAUAAUACUACAACGAGUGUGGAUUCUAUUGAAAAUGAUGAAGAAAAUGACAAUAGUGAUGAUGAUGUUUUAAAAAAACCAAAUUUACACCACCAACGGCCAUCUCAAUCGAGUACUAAUAAUAGCAUCAUCAGUAGCAGCACCACCAGCACAACUGAUGGUGGUGUUGAACCUACCGAAAAACUAAAUAAUAAUACAAAAUCUCAUAUUACAACUACUACUACUCCUCCUCCACCACCACCACCACCCAUUUCACACACAACACAAACUGAUGAUCAUAAGACGACUGCCACUACUAUUACAACCACUAAAACGUCAACGACAGAGACGCCUACAACGAUUAGUAGUAGUAGUAUUAGCAACAGCACCACCACCAGUAACAAACCUACAACUACAAACACCACCGAAUCGACAAUUACCAGUACAGAAAAUAUUAAAACAUCAACUUAAAGUAUUAUAGAGACUACGACUACUAAUAAGAAUCCAUUAUAUUAA